UACGAUCGGUUCAUCGUUCGCAGUUGUGUGUCUGCGAAACACGCCGGGGUCGGGCUGUAUGUAAGCGCCGUCCAGAGCUGCCAGAUCCUACCGUAGUGGGCUUGGGAGACUGAGCGACACGGCGCGUGAUAGCUGCUCGCAUCGCCGGCAGUGCUCAUCUGUUGCUUCCGGGUAAGAGGAGACGAGAGCGGAGCGACGCGCAAGGCGACGAAGAGGAAGAAUUAGAGGACGCAGGGUCAAGGUGAUCAAGAUCAAGCCUCGAGUUUUCGAAUCCGUUUCGGCUAUGGCGGCGAUGGUGGCGCUUCUGUUGCUCGGCAUUUUCCAGAUGGCCGCUGCCGGAGGCGCUGAGGCUCCGCCGCCCGGCACGGUGCGCAUCGUCGGCGUCAGCUCUAACGGCAACGGCUGUCCACCUGGAAGUACCGAGGUCAUCCUGUCGUCGGACUUGCUGGCGAUCACUGCCAUUUUCAGCAAGUACACGGCCUCCACCCCGGGAGCGGUAGCGGAGCGGCGGAAGUCGUGCACGCUGUCCGUGGACCUCGUAUACCCUACUGGGUUUUCUUACGCCGUGGCGACCGUCACUUACCGUGGCUACGCCCAGCUGGAGAAGGGUGUAGUCGGCACUCUGGCGGCGUCGUACUACUUCUCGGGCGUCCCCGGGACGGUCAAGACUCUCCGCAAGCUGCCGUCUCCCAUCAACGACAACUUCGAGUACACCGACAAGUUCGUCACCUUGGCCUAUACCCCGUGUGACUUGAAAGCGCCCAGGAACCUGAACCUCAAGUCGGAGAUCAGAGUCACGCCGUCAAAAUCGUCUUCGAAGGCCGCCGGGCUCAUCACUGUCGAUUCGAAGGAUUUAUCGCUGAAGCAGAUCUUCAGUCUGACAUGGGAGAAGUGCUAAGGGCAUGGCUAUACUGGGGCUUUCCUACCGAGUAUCUGACUGCAAACCGUAGCCAGAUGCAGGGGGGAAAGUCGUAGAGUGAGCGUGACCUCAGCUAAACGAAGCAGGCAUUAACAAGCUCCGGCGGUCGUUAGACAUGAUCAGACAGCUAAGCAAUCACUCUGAGUGGAGCGACCGGUAUCGGAGGCGCGCUGGUAGCUGAGCAAGAAGUGGACAGGUCGGCAAACACGGCGGCCGGACGUGGCGAGGAUAGUUGUUUUCCCGUACUUGGUUGUUUGAGCUCGAUAGGGGAAAGCCCAGAUGCAGAUGUGCUUGCUAGUAAUAUCUGUGUAGGCCGUAACGGCGUAGUUAAUGUCCCGCAAAUGGAGAUAGAUUCCACGUAAUGUAGUAAGUAAUUAACCACGAGGACGACCACGGUAUCGUAGAGUACCCCAGAUGACUACUAGUAGUCUUGAGUAAGAACGCGCUGGCGUGUAGAACGUCCGGUCGGGAUGACUCGAAGCCGAGUGCGGUGAAGUAGACGAGGGUAGGGAGAUACAGGCCUCCUGGUCCUGUGCCUCGAGUACGUUGCUUUUCUUUGGCGAUGGCUGUGAGUUUUAAGUUGAAAUGAGAUGGACUAUCUCGACCGCGGAGGCAGAAAAUGGGAUAAGUCGUGAAUAUGAGUUGUACUUGUAAUGAAGAAGUCGUCUUCUCUAAUGCAUUUCUUCAUAUGAAUUCAGUUGCGUGGACCGACUUCACUGUUCGCCCUGAUCAACGUGCGCUUAUCUGCUGUCUCAGCUUGUUCACGUGUCUUCCCCUCGGAUGAUUUGAUUGUCUUUUUCUCUGACGAGUUGUCGGGCAUUGCCCAUUGUAUGCUUUCGUCUUUUUCCCCAUUUGUCUUUGUCGUCGAUGGGCUGUCUUGUUUCGGUUUGAUGUGGGAAUGGUGUGAAGUUGUGAACGAUUGAACGUCUAAGGCUUAGCCCUAAGCAUCACUCCAGCGUAGUUGGAUCUUUUUUCGUUCUUGUCGGCCUUUGUCGUCGAUGUGCUGUCUUGUUUCGGUUCGAUGUGGCAAUGCUGUGAAGUUCUGGACAAUGGAAAGAAAGUGAUCCCGAGUUUCGAUUGAACGUCUAAGACUUAGCCCAAGCAUCACUCCCGCGUAGUUGGAUCUUUAUUCAUUGUUGUCGGCGUAAAGAAACGCUCAAGCCAAGUUAUUUAUUUAUUUCUUUUCUUUUGUUCUGGGCAGAAGGUGAACGUUCGCUGCGGUUAGCAAAUGCGAUUGGAUGUAAGGCUUGGAAUGUGGACGUUUGGGCAACAAGUGCAAGAAAGCAGAGGAAUCUUUAGUUCUUGCACAUCUGCACAAGCACAUCCAGAUUCGGGGGCGUUCAAUCCAGUCCUCUUUGCUAGUGGGGGUGCGGAAAUUAGAUGGGAGGCACUGCUACGUGCAAAAUGCACGCUCUUUGCAUAGACGGACCCCCUCACCGGCGGGCCCACCGUACUCGCUGACGUCUGCUUAUUGGGGUCGGGGGCACCAUGCAUGCUCGUCGUUGUGAGAGGUUGAUAUAUGCUUUCCAGGGGUCCCCUGGCUUAGUAGUGGCGGGUAGGAACUGAAAAUGUUUUAUAGAGGGUUUCGAAUAUAAAAGCGAAAGAAAGAACUCAGCACUUGCAGGGCACAUCUGCUGUCCCUUGGCGUGGUGGCCGAGGGGAUUGAAGAUCGUAUGGAAUCCUUGUACCUGUCCUGCCGUUGCUUCGUCCAUCCACGCAACCUUCAGUAG